ACGGCCGCGCGGGACUAGAGCCGAGUCGACGUCUGGCUGGCUGCCCAGAUGAGCGAGUAUUACCGCCCUUCCGUCCCUUUUCCCAGCGUCCCCUCCGGACAUCAGCUCUACAAUGCUACCGUCAUCCCCAGCUCUGUCGCCAACGAUGUCGACGACGCGCACGAUCCAUUCGAUGCAAACGGCUCAUCUGACACCGGGCAGACACGUUACUGCUCGGUAAGAGGUUGCGGCAAUGAGCUCAUCCCCGGAUAUACUGGCAAGAUGUGCGAGGUCUGCCGCGGCCGUCAUCGCAUAUAUGCGAGCACGAAGCGAGCAAAGCGUAAGAUGGAGAAGGCGGCAAUGGGCGCGCAGAACGGGCAGCCGGUCGUGUGGAUGCCAUCUGACGAUAACGUCGAGGACAACGAACCAGUCGUCGAGCAGACUCCGGCAUCGUUCGUGUAUGCCUCGAGCACUUGGGACCAUAGUGCCAUCGACCCUGCUCUCUUCUCAAGCGACUCAGAACUCGCCAAUGCCCUUCUCCCCGUGUCACCUCCGAGAUCAAAGAAUCCGGCACAGUCCGGUUCCUCGUUGCACAUGUCUGCUAUGACAUUGAGCUCCAAUCCACAGUCUUCCAGUAGCAUAAGCUCAAUGCCUACUCCCAUGGCUGAUCAUCCGGUGAACACCCCGCACACACCCAGCUCCACAGGCUGCAGGGGCAGCACGAGCCCACCCGAGACGGAAGAUUCAUCUCUCCCGCCGCGCUACUGCUCGAUCAAAGGCUGCAAGGCACUUGUUCCGGGUAACUCGUUCUUCAAGAUGUGUGAGCCGUGUCGGGACCGAUACCGCAACUAUGGCACCACGAAGCGUGCCAAGUGGAAGCGCGAGAAGGAAAUUGCUGUUGCGGAAUUGCACAAGAUGCGCGAGGAGGAGGACAGGCGCCGGAUAGAAGCAGGAUUACCUCCUCUGUCCCACCCUUUGGCAGAUGACUGGCACGAAUGGAAUGGCGUUGACGAGGGGCAAGUUCACUCUCCUGGUGCGCUCGUGCCGUCGACAGACGGCAGGUCCAGCGUGGUGACCGUUUUGCCGCGCCCGCCGCGAAUGUGUACAGUCUCACACUGCCGGGAGAUUCUUCCGGGCGACUACCCGUAUCUCCGCUGCGAGCGGCACCGCAUACAGAACAGACAUCACAGCAAGCUGAAGCGCGUGCGCGACAAGGAGGUAAAGGCGCAGGCGUUUGAUGGAUGGACUGCCUAUUCCUCUGCCUCGCGCCGUGCAACGUCAGAAAUGAGCAGGGACGGCGAAGAUGGCGGGGACGUGGAGGAGGCGGAUGAUGAAGACGCCAAUACGAUGCAGAUCGCUGGUAUGGGUGGAGUGGAUACACCGUUUGGUGAGCCAAGCACGGGCAUCCCGCCUGCGGCGCGGGGCACACGGAGGACAAAUCACACGUGCUCGAUCAAAUCGUGUUACAACCUGCUAUCGCCGAGUAACCCUUGGAAAAUGUGCGACUCGUGCCGCGCGAGGGACCGGCAGGGAAGGAGAGAAAAGGCCUUGAGAGAUAGCGGAAUUGUUGUGUCGCCUCCGCCACUGAGCGGGAAGGAGUUGGUGAAGGUAGACGCGGCGGGCGAGGCAGAUGAUGGUGAGAGCGCGAAGAAAGCGGUGAAGAAGACAAAGAAGAAGACGAAGAAGAAAAGGGUGAAUGGCAUCAGCGAGGCAGACGGCACAGUGGCGGGGGAUAUGACGAUUGUAUCUGAGAUGCAGGCGUCGGGGAUUGAGCAGGAUGCGGCAGCUGCGAAUGCCUUCCUGCAAGCUGCAGACCAUAUUGCUGAUGAGAUCGGGAAGAAUGCACUCCCUUCACAUGUGCAGCCCACGCUUGUCUUUAUGCAGCCGAUGGUACAAAGUUCGAAUCUUGACACGGUGCCGACCUCUCCCUUGCAAGCUCCUGCCGCUGACCUUACCCAGCCGUCAGAGGCGAGCCCUCCGGUACGCGCUUCCGCGGACCCCUUCCAUCUCGUUUCGGCAGAGCAAAUUGUCAACAGGACUGCGCAGGCUGAGGCAGUCUCGACUGCUGGAAAGAAGAGGACUCUGAGGAAGAAAGCGAGGAAAACUGCAGAGGGGGAAGCGCCUACACCCCAUUCCGCCGAAGCGUCGGCGUCAACAUCGCCUCCAUCAUCAGAACUUGAUGCGAAUGUUGCGUCGACAUCUGGUGUCUCCAUCGUGGUUCCUGAACCCCAGGCUAUGAGCAAUUCCGUGCCGCCCACUGGACUGACUAUACAGGAGAUCGCGUCCAUCGCCGUAGGCACCGAUGUUCCUCCGUCAAGCACCCCGAUCGCGCCGCCGUAUAUGUCGUUCUAUAUGCCCCCGUACGGGAUGCCGCCAUACGGCGCACAACCUGGCCCGUACUCGUACGGUGCACCCGCCUACCCAUAUUCGCAUCCCGCGUAUGCUCCGUCACCGAUGUAUCAGCCUCCGUACUAUCCCGCAGGAUAUAUGUACCCGCAGCCUUAUGGGACACAAGCAUAUGUCGCCGCCCCCCCUCCUGUCCAGGCUCCUGCUAUCAGUGCUGCGCCCACUCAUUCUUCCGCCACUGCAGCCACCUCUCCACCACCUCCGCCACCGUCCCAGUCAGUCUACUCGGUAUCGGCGGAUUUCGUUUCUCAUCCGGAUUACGCGAACAUCCAGCAAGGCAUCUCAUCGUACGGAGAGGCAGGCGUUCUGCCACUGUACGGCGCCUUCUCAGCGAAGACGGGUGAGCCAAACAACAGAUUGACGAACACGCCGUCGGUAUUGAGGAGGAAACGCCAGGCGGAUCAGGAGGCUGAUGGGGAAAAUGCGGUUUCUGCAUCUAUGAUGGAAGCGAACAAACGACCGGAGAUGGGGGCUGAGCCAGCCGCAGUGUUCGCCAGUGCUGACAUCUCUGACCAAAGUGUCGUUGCUUCAGUCCCGGCUAACACAGACAACCGUGAAAACGUGACUGACGAGGCAGGCAUUUUACAGAGUGGUAUCAAGCUUUGUGGCAGCAAGAGUUGUCAUAGGCAACUCCCUUCAAAUGCCAGCGGAUCGCUCUGCUCUCGAUGUAGGGACCGUCUGAAGAAGAAACGGGUCAAAGUGAAGCAGCGGUUCCAUCUGGAGCCUCGAUCUCUGCUCAGUCGGCCGCAACAGUAUGAACGACCGGUGAACACUCACGUCGAGAGCAAUGCUACCGUGUUUGCGAUUUGAAGAUGUGCUGUCAUGAAAUUAUUUGUUUGAGGCGAGAACUACGUGCACUAUGGUAUUAUUUAAUGAGAUGCGGUAUGUUGUGUAUUUUUAGGCGUAUAGAAUCGCAUCUCCUUAGGCGGGUAUUAGAAGAGUAAUUAUUACGCUCUCGGAUAACGAUAAAUAACGACAGGACUGAUACAGCACGUAGCACAGUCUAAUGUUUCAUUUAUAUACUC